GAGACAGCUGGCCAGUGUCCUUUCUUGCUGAAGGAGUCAGUACCUGUCACUAGGCGAGGGGGCAGUGAGAUAGGAGAAAAGUGUCCUGGGGUAAGAGGACUUGAAUUCUAGUCCUAGGUUCACUACUUUCUAGUUGUGCAGCUCUGAGUAAGUGCUUAAGUCGUACAAGCCUCAGUUUCCUCAUCUGUGUAAUGGGGGCUCUAACACCUUUCUGUAGGUUUGCGGGAACCAUUGAGAUAGCGUAUGACAUGUGUUUAGACACUUAGAGCUUUUUUCCUUGCACGUGUCUCCUGUCCCAUAGGACACUGCUGAUGUUUGUGGGUGCUGCGAAUGUAUAUGUGAAGCCCUUUGAGGUGAGGGAGAGUUUGAGAAGACAAAGGUUUCAUUUCCUCAAACAUUUUCUUAGCAUCCAAUUUGCACUGCUGAAGGUUUAAUUGAAAAAAAAAUUCAGUAUGUCCUCAGAGGGAGGGGGGAAUGCUCUCAGUGCAUAAUGGAUGUGGGUGGGUACAAUAAAGAGGGAAACUGUGAGUAUGUGUGUGUGUCCGUCCAGGCAACUCCCACUCUUUCCAAGCCGUGCAGAUAGGAGGGUAGGUUUUGUCGGCCCUCGCCACAGCCUCGGAUGCUGUGGGUAUUUCUCCUCCCUAGACCUCAGGAACCCGGGGAGGAGAGGUGGCUUGAAGGCCCCUUCCCCGCCCAGGGCCAACAGCCUCCUGCUAGCCGGUCGGGCGCCUUACCGAGUCAGACCACUGGGAGGCUGGGGGAGCCGGGUUGGGCGAGGAGUCGAGCGAGAUGGGGGAGCUCUUAUUUUGACAGGGGCCUCUCCCGGCUCUGGUAUGAAGGCAGAAGGAGGCAGCCAGAGAGCCCCGAUGCUUAUUCAGGCUGGGGAGAGGAGCCGAGUGGAGGGGCGAGCGAGGCUCCGGCAGCGCAGGGGAGCCCGGGGAGGCGGCGGCGCUUGGCGGAGCCAGUGGCCGGACAUGCCCCGGAUCCGGGGCCGCUGCAGCACCGCCGCCGCCGGGAGCCAGCCGGCCGGACGCCCGCACGCCUGGGUCCCCUGGCGCCGCGCCGCCCCGGGGCUGCGACCUGGACCCUCGGCAUUCGACCAACAAUAAGCGCCUAUACAGCCCCCUCCCCGCCCCGCCGUCCCCGCGGGCCUCGGGGAAAGUGAAAGGAGGAGGCGAAGGAAGGAAGGAAGGAAGGGAGGAGGAGGAGCAGGAGCGGCAGCAGCCGGAGCCGUGAGGUUUGGGCCGAGACCCCAGCCCGGAGCCCCGGCCGGGCGGUGCGCUAGCUCUCCCGCCGCUGCGGGCGCCCAGGACCAUGCCCCGCGGUUGGGAGGCAGGAACCCAGGCGACCAGCGCCUCCCGGAUACCUGCUCGCGGGCCGGGCUGGUAUUGAGAUCAAGGCAUCCAGGAUCAAAAGAUCACCGCCUGCCCGCCUUGUCCGUGUCUCCACUGUACUGCUGGAGGAUCCCAGUGCACCCACCGACCCUGACCUGGUUAUGGCGUUCAGCUCCGGCCUGGCGUGAGGACCCCCAACCUGUGCGAGGGAGCCCCCAUCCCAGAGCACACCCCUGAGCCUGAACCUGACACACAUUACCCAGAGUCCCUGCUCCAGUACCGAGUACCUGUCUGGGCCCUGGGCACGCACAGGGGCCGUAGCCCCACUGUGUGUGGGAGCCAUGAGGAUCCUGGCUAACAAGACAAGGUUACCCCACCCCAGGAGGCGAGAAGCUCCAGGGAGUCCGCCGCUGUCCCCUCGCGGCCACUGUCCCCCUGCCCCAGCCAAGCCAAUGCACCCAGAAAAUAAAUUGACCAAUCAUGGCAAGACAGGGAAUGGAGGGGCCCAAUCCCAGCACCAGAAUGUGAACCAAGGACCCACCUGCAACCUGGGCUCCAAGGGCGUGGGGGCGGGGAGCCAUGGGGCCAAGGCCAACCAGAUCUCACCUAGCAACUCAAGUCUGAAGAACCCCCAGGCAGGGGUACCUCCUUUCAGCUCACUCAAGGGCAAGGUGAAGCGAGAGAGGAGCGUGUCUGUAGACUCUGGAGAGCAGCGGGAGGCUGGGACUCCAUCCCUCGACUCAGAGGCCAAAGAGGUGGCACCCCGGAGUAAACGGAGGUGUGUGCUUGAGCGGAAGCAGCCAUACAGCGGGGACGAAUGGUGCUCCGGGCCAGACAGCGAGGAGGACGACAAGCCCAUCGGGGCCGCCCACAAUUGUAAUGUAGCAGAUGCGGCCAUGGCGGCCCCACAGCUGGGUCCUGGCCAAACUGCCCAACUGCCCCUCAGUGAAAGCAGUGCACCAGGCCCCCCACAUGGUCCUCCGCCAGGGCUUCGACCAGACGUCCCUGGGGGCGGGGGUGGGGGCGUCCCAGGAAAGCCUCCAUCACAGUUCGUGUAUGUCUUCACUACUCACCUGGCCAACACGGCUGCAGAGGCCGUGCUACAAGGCCGGGCAGAGUCCAUCCUCACCUACCACCAGCAGAAUGUGCCCCGGGCCAAGCUGGAUCAGGCCCCGAAAGUGCCACCCACCCCAGAGCCACUGCCCCUGAACACACCUUCAGCAGGUACACCACAGUCGCAGCCACCUCCAUUGCCGCCACCACCUCCAGCCCCGGGCAGUGCCCCUACUGCUCUGCCCCCAGAGGGACCUCCUGAAGAUACCAGUCAGGACCUGGCCCCGAACUCCGUGGGAGCUGCUAGCACAGGUGGUGGGACUGGGGGCACCCACCCUAACACGCCAACGGCAGCCACUGCUAACAACCCCCUGCCUCCUGGAGGAGACACUGGCAGUGCCCCUGGCUCAGCCCUCUUGGGGGAUGGCACCCCCACAGGAAAUGGGCAGCGGAACCUGGUGGGCUCCGAGGGCCUGUCCAAAGAGCAGCUGGAGCACCGUGAGCGCUCUCUCCAGACGCUGCGAGACAUCGAGAGGCUGCUGCUCCGCAGUGGGGAAACUGAGCCAUUCCUCAAGGGGCCCCCUGGAGGAGCCGGCGAGGGGGGCCCACCAGCACAAGCUCCCUCUGCCGCUCAGCAGCCUCCCUCCGCCCCUCCCAGUGGGCUGAAGAAGUACGAGGAGCCCUUGCAGUCCAUGAUCUCACAGACACAGAGUCUAGGAGGCCCCCCACUGGAGCAUGAAGUGCCCGGGCACCCCCAGGGUGGGGACAUGGGCCAGCACAUGAACAUGAUGAUGCAGAGGCUGGGCCAGGACAGCCUGACACCUGAGCAGGUGGCCUGGCGCAAACUCCAGGAAGAGUACUACGAAGAGAAGCGGCGGAAAGAGGAGCAGAUUGGAUUGCAUGGGGGCCGCCCUCUGCAGGACAUGGUGGGCAUGGGGGGCAUGAUGGGGAGGGGGCCCCCACCUCCUUACCACAGCAAACCUGGGGAUCAGUGGCCACCUGGAAUGGGCACCCAACUCCGAGGACCUAUGGAUGUCCAGGAUCCCAUGCAACUUCGAGCCGGACCUCCCUUCCCUGGCCCCCGUUUCCCGGGCAACCAGAUGCAAAGGGUGCCUGGAUUUGGGAGUAUACAGAGUAUGCCCAUGGAGGUACCCAUGAAUGCCAUGCAGAGACCUGUAAGACCAGGCAUGGGCUGGACUGAAGACUUGCCCCCUAUUGGGGGACCCAGCAAUUUUGCCCAGAAUGCCGUGCCCUAUCCAGGCGGGCAGGGUGAGGCAGAGCGAUUCAUGGCCCCGCGUGUUCGGGAGGAACUGUUGAGGCACCAGUUGCUGGAAAAGCGGACAAUGGGCAUGCAGCGCCCCCUGGGCAUGGCAGGGAGUGGCUUGGGGCAGAGCAUGGAAAUGGAGCGGAUGAUGCAGACACAUCGACAGAUGGAUCCCACCAUGUUCCCGGGGCAGAUGACUGGUGGGGACGGCCUGGCCGGCACGCCCAUGGGCAUAGAGUUUGGUGGAGGCCGGGGCCUCCUGAGCCCUCCCAUGGGACAGUCGGGGCUGAGGGAGGUGGACCCACCUAUGGGGCCAGGCAACCUCAACAUGAACAUGAACGUGAAUAUGAACAUGAACAUGAACCUGAAUGUACAGAUGACGCCCCAGCAGCAGAUGCUGAUGUCACAGAAGAUGCGAGGUCCCGGGGACAUGAUGGGGCCUCAGGGUCUCAGUCCUGAGGAGAUGGCUCGUGUUCGGGCUCAGAAUAGCAGCGGCAUGAUGGGGGGUCCACAGAAGAUGCUAAUGCCCUCACAGUUCCCCAACCAGGGCCAGCAGGGAUUCUCUGGGAGUCAGGGACCCUACCAAGCCAUGCCCCAGGACAUGGGCAACACUCAAGACAUGUUCAGCCCUGAUCAGAGUUCAAUGCCCAUGGGCUCUGUGGGUACCACCCGGCUCAGCCAUAUGCCUCUGCCCCCUGCAUCCAAUCCUCCUCCUGGGUCUGUGCAUUCAGCCCCCAACAGGGGACUGGGCAGACGGCCUUCAGACCUCACCAUCAGUAUUAAUCAGAUGGGUUCACCGGGUAUGGGGCAUCUGAAGUCACCCACCCUUAGCCAGGUGCACUCACCUUUGGUCACCUCACCCUCUGCCAACCUCAAGUCACCCCAGACUCCCUCACAGAUGGUGCCCUUGCCUUCUGCCAACCCGCCAGGACCUCUCAAGUCACCCCAGGUCCUCAGCUCUUCCCUCAGUGUGCGGUCACCUACUGGCUCACCCAGCAGGCUCAAGUCUCCCUCCAUGGCGGUGCCUUCUCCAGGCUGGGUCGCCUCUCCCAAGACAGCCAUGCCUAGCCCUGGGGUCUCCCAGAAUAAGCAGCCGCCUCUCAACAUAAACUCUUCCUCUACCCUGGGCAACAUGGAACAGGGUACCCUCCCGCCAAGCGGCCCUCGGAAUAGCUCCUCAGCACCUCCUGCCAACCCUCCCAGCGGCCUCAUGAACCCCAGCCUACCGUUCACGUCCUCCCCAGACCCCACGCCUUCCCAGAAUCCUUUGUCACUGAUGAUGUCUCAGAUGUCCAAGUAUGCCAUGCCCAGCUCUACCCCGCUCUACCACAAUGCCAUCAAGACCAUCGCCACCUCAGACGAUGAGCUGCUGCCUGAUCGACCCCUGCUACCCCCACCCCCACCACCGCAGGGCUCUGGACCAGGCAUCAGCAAUAACCAGCCCAACCAGAUGCACCUGAACUCCGCUGCUGCCCAGAGCCCCAUGGGCAUGAACUUGCCAGGCCAGCAGCCCCUGUCCCACGAGCCCCCGCCUACUAUGUUGCCCUCCCCUACCCCUCUGGGGCCCAACAUUCCACUGCACCCCAAUGCACAGGGGACAGGGGGCCCUUCUCAAAACUCAAUGAUGAUGGCCCCGGGAGGCCCAGACUCCCUAAAUACCCCUUGUGGCCCUGUGCCCAGCUCCUCCCAGAUGAUGCCCUUUCCUCCUCGGCUACAGCAGCCCCAUGGUGCCAUGGCCCCCACUGGGGGUGGGGGCGGGGGGCCUGGCCUACAGCAGCACUACCCCUCAGGCAUGCCCCUGCCCCCGGAGGACAUGCCCAACCAGCCACCUGGUCCCAUACCCCCCCAGCAGCACCUGAUGGGCAAAGGCAUGGCUGGCCGCAUGGGCGAUGCGUACCCACCUGGGGUGCUUCCCGGGGUGGCAUCUGUACUGAACGACCCAGAACUGAGUGAGGUGAUCCGGCCCACCCCUACCGGCAUUCCUGAGUUCGACUUGUCCAGGAUCAUCCCCUCUGAGAAGCCGAGCAGCACCCUCCAGUACUUCCCCAAGAGCGAGAACCAGCCCCCCAAGGCCCAGCCCCCCAACCUGCAUCUCAUGAACCUGCAGAACAUGAUGGCGGAGCAGACCCCCUCUCGGCCCCCCAACCUCCCGGGCCAACAGGGGGUUCAGCGGGGGCUCAGCAUGUCCAUGUGCCACCCUGGACAGAUGUCCUUGCUGGGCAGGACAGGUGUGCCCCCACAGCAGGGCAUGGUGCCCCACGGCCUGCACCAAGGGGUCAUGUCCCCACCACAAGGCCUCAUGACCCAGCAGAAUUUUAUGCUGAUGAAACAACGGGGUGUGGGGGGCGAGGUCUAUACCCAGCCUCCCCACAUGUUGUCCCCACAGGGCUCCCUCAUGGGCCCCCCACCCCAGCAGAACCUCAUGGUGUCCCACCCUCUGCGGCAGCGCAGUGUGUCUCUGGACAGCCAAAUGGGCUACCUCCCAGCGCCGGGCAGCAUGGCCAAUCUACCCUUCUAGCAGGCCCCUCAAGGGGCUGGGGCUGGGGAUACUGAGAAUACGUUGACUUUAAGAAGUUUUUUCCUCCAGUGUUGGAAUGGAUGGCCUGGGUCCAGGGGUAGGGUGGAGGGGUGGGAGGGGGCUCGUGUGGGGAGUGGCAUUUGUGGAAACCUGAUGUGCUGGCAGCUUGCGGGAGAGGCAAGAGUCGGGUGGGGAGUUGGAAUUGGGUUUGACUAGGACGGCCCCUCCCCCACCCUUCCUGUUCCUGUGGGGCUUCUAUUUCCCUCUGUCUUUCUACUUCUCCCCGUUUUCAGCUAUGUUUUGGGGGCCCUUGGGGAGAGAGGAAGGAGAGGAGGGGGUCUUCUAUCUUCUGUCCCUUUGGAACUGCCACCUCAUUGGUGCUCCAGGUCCACUGUCCCCUCCCAGUUUCUCUGCUUUCCCCCGCCCCCUGUCUUCAUUUCCUCUCCUGCUGACAUGGCUGACCUCCUCUCCCACGCCCCCUGCAGGCAUCUGGCCAGGUGGGCAGGUGCCAGCGGAGCUGUAAAUAGAGCUGCGCUUUAGUGCCGGUUUGUGCGUGUGCCGUAUUUCUGUGUUUUGAUAGAAGUCACACACAAAAAAGAGAAAAUUAAAAAAAAAAAACCUUCCCCCUCCUCCAAAUGAUCGCUCCCACCAUUCGCCUGGACCCAGAGACCUAGAGUCCUCUGCACCCUCCAUAUGCCCCACCCAUCAACUGAGGUCAGACCAUCUAGGCUAGGCUUCCGUUCGGUGAGCCUGGGAGGACUGAGGCCAACCCCCUCCCCCUGCUAUGGCCGCCUGUCUGCUGCUGAGUGAAUUCCGGAGAGCAGGUGUGCACUUGAGCGUGUAUUUAUCCACACCAGUGACAUAGGGCCCCUGCCCGGGUGCCUCUGCUGCUACACCUUAGCCAGAACUUGAAGCCCUUUGUCCUCUGGGCAGGUGUGGCCCCUCUGACUGGAGCUAUGGAGGGGUUAACACGUGUGACUGCGGCCUAUGACUUCAGUGGCCUCGGGCCAGGUAACCCCACAGGGCACAGACUCUUCUAGAAACCACCACUUGCUUCUCACCAAAGAAGGAAGGGACAGAGUUUGGCUGAGUCAGUCAGUCUCCCUCCAGCCUCCACCCCUAGCAUGGAGUGAGGAAAGGCAGUGUCGGGGAGACCAUCCUGCUGCCUGUCCACUCUGGCAAGGUCUUUCUGCCCAGGGUUUAGGGCCAUGUACCAGAUCUGUCUCUGCCUGCCUAGGCACAGCCACUGCCUCCCUGUUACUUCCCAGGAGAGCCCCUCACCCACUGCUGGUCAGACUGAAGCCAUACAGGAAUGGGUGUUUUAUCUCCCGUGGCCCCAGGAGUAAAAUACUUCUCCUUUCCUCUUUCCUGCCUUUAAGGUGGCGGGCAGCUCCUUGGCCAAGGCCUUCCUGCCCUGCCUCCAGGGCUAAGGGCCAUUCUAGACAGGGUGUCUUUUACCGGGACCCUGUCCCCAGCCUUCCUGACCUGCAGGGCCUGGUUUUGCCUUGGCAGCUGUAAUACAAAGGGAAUUUGUGUCCACUUCUCCCAGUCUGGUGCUGUCCAUUGUCAGCCGGGUCAGGCACCGCUCCCCUCCAGAGCUGGCUGCAGGCCCCUGGCUUCCCUCGCCCCUCCCAGGGACCAGAGCCAAGGUCUCUGUCGAGAGGUGGGUGGAAACCUGUCCUCCUUCCUGCCAGACACUCUGCCCUCCCUGCUUCCAUCUGGGCCUUUGUGCCCCCCACCCACGUUCCUAGCCUAUCCAAAUGGUCUAAUUGCCCUGCUCUGAGGAGAGAGCGCAGGCCACAAAGGGCCCAUUGUCCCCUUCUGGUGUCCUUGUCUCCCACCUCUACCACUAGCUUCCCAAGGUGAUCUCCACAGGCCAGCCUUCUCUCCAUCCAUGGCCAUACCCCAGCCAUUUUGUACCAUUAUAUAAAUAUAUAUAUAUAAAUAUAAAUAUAUAAAUACAAUAUGUGAAGACAUCUUCUUGGUUUUUAUUUUGAAACACUUUUUAGGCUUGCUCUGGGGGUCUCUGUGCUGCCUGUACUGUAUUGACCUGUUUUAUAGGUGCCUUUUUAUUAAAAAGAAAAUUCAAAAAUGUAAA